AUGGAGAACAAGGCUUUAGUACAGGAUCUGAAAUUGUUUUCUUUUGAAGCUAGAGAGAAAGUCGUUAUGAUCCAGGUUAUAUCUACACCUAGUUCAUCCCAAGCAUUGUUUGUUAUAGGAGAUCAAGGCACUAUCAUGCUCUAUUCCAAGUCAAGCAAGGCUGGUCUACUAUUCAACCAGUUCAAUAUAAAUGGUCCUGUUCACUCUGUUGACAGGAUAAAUAGCGAUUCUAUUCUAGUCUCAGUUGGAUCAGGAAGAAUUUAUGUGUUAACAUUCCAGUUUGAACACGAAGACAUUAGUUUAGACUUGAAGCGAGUUCAUGGUAUCUCCAAUGCUCGCUAUAUCCAAAUUCUUGAUGCAAAUGAUCAUAUCUUUGAAGCGAUACUAGUGGAUGAAAAGAACAACAAUGCAGCUAUGGUGCAAGCAAAAUAUGACCCAAAUCCUACCAACGUUGAGAAUGAUUCAAAAGCUAUAGAGGAACUUAUCAGAGACACUUUGGAAGACCUUGCGCAUAGUGAGUCUAUAGUCAAAUCAAUGGAGAUUGAAGAGCAAGAAAUCAAUGAAAAAUUGUCUUCCAUAAAUCGUACUCUAUAUGCCCUACAUAGCAUCAACAACAAACGAGUACUUGGUCAGUGUAAUUCGAUUGAUUCAACAGGAUUCGAGUUCACUGUACAGCCUAUUGUCAAGUCCAAUUCAUUUGAAAACUGUAUUUUAAACAGUAAAGCUUGUUUGCGUUUAUGUAUCAAAACAUCUCGGUUCUUAGAACUCGAGAACUGGACAUUGCAACUGGAUUUCUCCAGUGAACUAGACAAGUCGUGUGGACAAACAAAGCUAUUUUCUGUCAUAGGCUUUGAAGCAUAUUAUGAAAAUGGGAUAGAGCGAUAUGCUAUAUGGGAACAUGAUGCUGAGUUAGAUAUCAAGACACUUAUAUUACCACUAAAUAUGCAAGCAACACUGGUGAUGACAACGAAUGAUUCAGGAGAGAUUGCUCGUUUUCCUGUAGCCAACAUGAUCAUUGAUGAUUUGCAUUUUGCCAUUCCACUCAGCAAUAGCUUGAAUACAAGUAUCAAAAGGAGAGGAUUAGAUAAAGUAUCUGAUCAACUGAUGCAUGCGUAUCAGCAAAGAAGGCUUUAUGAUAAAUCUUCAAGAGACCCAUUAUCAAGGUUAAUAAGAAGACAGAGAAACACCCCAGAACAGAAACAUUUACUUGACCACAGAAGCAUUCAUUUUCGAUAUACAAUAGAUGCCAUGUUUAGUGAUGAAGCUUAUAGAUCCAUUCUAUCUACCCUUUUUGGUGAAGGGCGUACAAUCAAUGAUUUGAAGCAAAUGUUGUUGAGUGCAGAACAAUCUUCAUUUGCCUUGGUAUCCUACCCUGGAUGUCCAGUCAUAGUAGAGUUAUCAAGGGUAUCUUCAACAGUGAUAGAAAUCAAGAUAAACUGUUCUUACACGCCAGCAUUAUUCAAAGCAGAAGCAACAAUAUUAAGACGAGUUCAAACUAAUUAUAAAGAGACAUCGCUGUCAAAAGAUCAAGGUGAUAUCAACCUUGUAAAUAAAUUAAAGAAACUUCAAGAAACAAUUCUUGAGCUACAAGAAGACUGUAUGGAGACUGAUGAAGAUGACAGUUUAUGGACUAGAUUAAAGAGUGCAAUUGAUAUCAAAUUUGUCAAUUAUUUCCUUUUUCCAGUAGCUACUGCUGCUUUGCUUGGAACAAUUAUUCGAAGUCAAGCAAAACCCUCAAAAGCACAUACACAACUUAUGAAGCCUGAUGGACAAGCUCGUCAACAAUGGGAAAAAAUCAAUCAUGGUCUAGGUGUUAACGAUGUUGGAAGAAGUUGUGGAGGUGUAUGA